UAGUCCAGCAGGAUCCGGUUCAUUUCGUUCUUUUGACCAGUUCGGUUCUGACUCGAGAUCCGGACCGGUACCGCCUGAUGAAGGAAGUUUGGUACCGAGCAGCUCAAACCGGUUCCGGUUCUGUCAGAACCAGCGGGUCCAGUCCAGACUGUAAAUCGGGUUAGAAAUGAAAACAGUAUUGGACUUCAUUCAUUUCUGUCUCUGUACCAGGUCCGUUUUCCAGUUUCAGAACCCGACCAGAACCCCUCAGUGUAAAUUACCUUGAGAAAUAAUGAGAUUCGGCUUUAAUGCCCAAAAUGAUCAAAUGUUGGAAGCCAUAGAAACGGAUCAGAACCAGAGUUACAUUCACCGUCCAGCGCCGGCCCACUGGGCUCCUUCUGGACGGAACCAGAUGAGGCAAAUCCUGGAGUUCAGCUUUUAUUCUCCUGUUCCCAGUCUAACCAGUUUCAGUCUGUUUAUGUGUGACUGCCGGCAGACACACAUAAACAUGGUCAUGUAAGCUGCAGCGUGUGAGCAGCUACAAGAGAAACAGAACCGACAACAGCAGGAAGAACAGAAACGGAAGCAUGAAUCAGCUGUUUGGCUACUUCCGGAUGGAGCUUUCACCUCUUCUUCAUGACCUUCAUCUCUCCUCCUCCUCUUCCUCAGAGAAGACACGCCCCUCUAUUCCCCUCCCACCAAUCACAGAGCUCCUCUCUGAGCUGCAGAAGAAGCUGAUUAGUGUGGCUGAAAGAAGUGAUCUGAUUGGCCAGGUUGAGCGUCUGUUCCAGGCUUCAGAUCCUGAUUGGCUGUUCCCUCCGCUGUUGGAUGACCAGGACAGCAGGUGGGCGGAGCUUCAGGCAGCGUACAGCUCAAUGAUCAGCGCUCUGAUUGGCUGUGCCGCGCUGCCACUGUGCGAGGAAGACUGUGGCUCAUUAGACCCCUCAGCCUAUCAGAGUGUCCCGAAGCGCGCCGCCGCCGUAAGCUCCGCCCUCACAGCACUGCUGGGGAACUGGGAGGAAGGGGGCGGAGCCAGAAGAGCCAGGCUGCUCCUUGCUGUGGCUCCACCCAUCUACCUGUUCGCUGUCACGCAUUUCCAGGACGAGGUUUGGACCAGCGCCGCCUCCAGAACCGCGGCGCGGCACCUUCAGGUGGCGCUGCUGAGGGCAGGCGGAUGGAGAGACUCCGCCCACCUGCUGGCGGGGGAGGAGGAGGAGGACAGGUGCAUUUUGGGAGGAGUCCUGGACAUCCUGCAGCCUCAGCUGACCAGGGAGUCAUGGCGACGGUGUGCCGCCUUGAAGCUGCAGUUCUCCUGGACGCUGCUGCAGGUGACCCGCCCCUUCCUGUCCCCCUUUCUGCCUCGCCUCCUCCCCCCUUCGCUCCUCCUGAAUGACGACUACAAGCCGGAGAACUGCAUGCUGGGAGUUCGCUGUCUGCAUCACAUCGUUCUCAACACGCCCGCUGCAGACCUUCGUCAGUUUAACAGAGCCGAGGUUCUGUACCAGGCUCUGUUCAGACACCUGUACACGAGCGAGGCCGCUGUCAUCCAGCUCGUCCUCUCCUGCCUGCUCGACUUGCUGCUGGUUCUGGAGAAGCCGCCCUCCUCCGACUGCCGCAGGACGCUAUGUCGCCAUGACGACGUGCUGCAUCUGGUUCUGACUCACAUGGAGGCGGAGCAUAAGGUGGCUCUGCGGCGCGUCUACGCCUCGGCCCUGCCGCUCUAUGUGGAGAGGGUGGGCGUGGCCGUGUGCAGACACCUGCGGCGGCUGCUGCCGGUGCUGCUGGGUUACCUGGAGGUCGGGGAUCCGCCCGAGGAGUCGGUCCGGCUGAAGAUGCUGGAGGUUCUGCAGUUGACCAUCAGGCUGGCGUGGCCACGGAUGGCGAGCCGCACCGAUGUGCUGCUGCGCUGUUUGCUGCGGCUGCUGGUCGACGUCUCUGCAGACCCGGGACUCAGCGACUCGGUCCGGCUGCAGCUGAUGGAGGGAAGCUCCGCCUCCCUGCGCCUGUUGGAUGCCGCCACGCAGCAACGCGUUCAGCGGCUCCUCCUGCAGGUCGACAGCCGCCACUGCAGCCCUCAGGUUCUCUGUUGCCUGGCAACCGUGACAGUAGAGCGAAAGCACACCUGAAGCACCUGGAGGGGGAGCUUUCAGAGACUGAGCAGCACCAACACCUGAACCAAGCCGCAGCCAAGUCCGAAGGUCGGCCCACCAGAACCAGAGGCUGGGGACUCACUUCCUGCUGGGUUUUCAGAGUAAAACGUUUUAGAGAACAAGGUUCAGAUCAGUUCUGGGGACUAAUCUGACCUUGUCAGGAGGACCCAAACAGGUCCAGAGGAUCAGCAGCUGGCUGCAUAAGUUAAAUGUUUUUUGAAUUCAUGUAAUAAAGUUUUUCUGUAGCUCUU